CCACGAUAUCCGGGUGAACAGAAAAAACAUUUAUCGACUGGAUCACGCCUUGCUCUUCCUCCCCCGCUUGACCGUCCUCUCCCUCCGCCACAAUGGAAACCAUAGGAAUGGCGAUCGAGGAUGCCGCAUCCGGCGGCGUCAAGUUCUUGGCAGAUCCCGUUGACAGGUUUCCGGUGCCGGAUCUCGGCAGCGGCGAGGCUGUGCUUGAUGCUGUAACCACCCAAACACUCGUGUGCGCAGCCGCGCAGUCGAGCGUCGCCGGUGCAGGAGACGCCACGACCACGGUACAGCUAGAUGGGGACGCCAGCUGCGAAGGGGUCAGCUUGUCAGCACCAAGCUCGGAGCAGUCAGCCGGCAAAGACGAAAGCAAGGCCUCUGGCUGGGCAAAAAGAGUACGUAUUGGCCGAGCCCCUCUUGAGCGUCCUCCAUGCGCCGGCAGAAUAAGCGCACUUGGAAAAACAUUGAGAUGCUACGCAGAGAAGAAGAGAGAAACUGUUGUAGUUCCUGUUGUCGGUGACAGCUUCGAUUCACUUGGAGAAGCAUAUGACUACUACAACCUGUAUUCCUGGGAAAUUGGUUUCGGUGUGCGAUAUGGAAAAAGCAGAUUAAAUGUGGAGAGGACAAAAUGUAUGCAAGAAAUAGUCUGUGGAUGCUCGGGAAUACCGAAGAGAAGUAAUACAAGGUCUUGCCGUUGCAGAUGUCCAGCUAUGAUAAGGUUACUACGUUCAAAGGACAAUGGAUGGUAUAUAAGUGAACACAGGGCAUUCCACAAUCACUCUCUAUCGGACAAGUGCGAACAGAAAAUAUAUUGGCCCUCACAUAGACAUAUCGACAUUUAUACAAGAGAUGUUGUCAAGCAGUUGCGUGCGAAUAAUAUUAGCAUAGGCAAAGUGUACAACAUAAUUGGCAGUUUCUUUGGCUCCAUGAGCAGUGUACCUUUCAGCAAAAGAGCACUGAGGGGCCUAUGUGGACAGAUUAGCCGAGACCAGGCAGAUGAUGAUGUCAGAAAAACAAUGGAAGUUUUCGCUGAGCUGGGUUCAAAAGAUUCAGGAUUAUACUAUAGAGUACAGCCAGACGCAGACAACCGUAUACGAAAUCUGUUAUGGUCAACAGGAGCAAGCAGGGCACAGUAUCACUACAUCGGAGAUGCUAUAACUUUUGAUACCACGUACCGAACCAACAUGUAUGAUAUGCCAUUCGGUUUGUUUGUCGGAGUAAACACCAUUUCCAAAGUAUCAUAUUCGGAGGAGUUUUAGUUAGAGAUGAGACAACAGAAACAUUUGAGUGGGUGUUCACUGAGUUUAUCCGGAUGAUGGGUGGCAAACAUCCGCAAACCAUACUAACAGACCAAUGCAGGGCUAUGGAAUUAGCAAUUGAGAAGGUGAUGCCAAACACAACGCAUCGCUGGUGCAAGUGGCAUAUCUUGAAAAAGGCAAAAGAAUCUAUUGGAGCCCAUUACACGAAGAGGAGCAAGUUCCGAAUGGACUUCCACAAGAUAAUACACCACAUGCUGACAGUUGAUGAAUUUGAGACAGCAUGGAAUCAACUGACAGAAACACACGGUUUGCAAAGGCACCCUUACUUGACUCAGAUAUAUGAGACGAGAGAAAAGUGGGCAAAGCCAUAUUUCAAUGGUAAAUUAUGUGCAAAGAUGUCAAGCACACAACGCAGUGAGAGUGCAAACCAUAUGCUCAAAACUUAUGUUCCAGCAAGCUGCCCCAUGCACAUUUUCGUUAGGCAAUAUAUGCGACUUCUUUUUGAUAGGGAAGCAGCUGAGAACUACGAGGAAAGGCGCACUAUGAUAAAUACACCAGUUAUGAGGGUGAACACACCACUCGAGCAGCAUGCCAGCAAUGUGUACACACGAGCCAUGUUUGAGAAAUUUGGUGAAGUACUAUAUGAAUCAGGGCAAUAUAAAAUAGAAGAGGUGAGCCGGUGGAAAACAUAUAUAGCGCGACGACACCACCCAGAGAAGCAUGAAAAAUGGUGUAGAGUUUUCUACAAAGUUGAAGUUGUCGAUGACGGCGCACUGAUAGUGUGCGAAUGUGGUAAUUUCGAAUACACGGGAUUGCUUUGUUGCCAUGCAUUAAAGGUCCUUGAUGUCCUUGGUGUGGAUCAUAUACCAGCUAAUCACAUUUUGAAACGCUGGACGAAGGACGCACGGGACUUGCUGCCAGAUCAUCUGGCGCACCUUCAGAAAGAUAAGAUUAAUGUCAAUUCUAUAACAUUCAGGCACUUGAAUUUGUACACACAUGCCCUCGAAGUUGUCCGUCUUGGUGAUGCCAACACAUCUACAUAUGAUUGUGCAAUGGAAAUACUGAAAAAAUCAAUGGAUACACUGACGCCCAUGGCCAGCGUCCGUGAUGGCAUGGGGCUUGAAGACAAAAUUCAGUCAGAUAAAGGGAAAGGCAAGGAGAUGAUUCCAGUGCAUUCAGCAGAAAUCCAUGAAGAUAGCGAUGCUGAAGGGAGUGCAGUUGGCAAUUUUGUUGGUUUGAAGCCUCCAGAACGAAAGCGUAAACCAGGAAGACCUACUACCAGCCGGGAUAAGCCUCCCUAUGAUGAUCGAGGUGCAAAGAGCAAAAAAUUCAAGGGCACAGUGAACAGCCAAGCUCCAGAUGGCGGGGGUACAAGCAAGCGUACUCGUUUCUGCAGUAUAUGUCGUGAACCUGGUCACAAGAGUACUACAUGCCCGCAAAGAGGUGAUCUCCCUCGCAAGGAAAGGAAGGAGGCCAAAUGUUCAAACUGUGGUGUCGGUGGCCACAAGAAGAACACCUGCAACAAGCCUAAAGCGGUGUUGCAUGUCGUUGAACAUGCAACCAUGGAGCAGAUUACCAUCUAGGAAAACAAAGAGUUCUGUUGUAUUCAGCUGCAUAGGCUUAGUGCUCUUGUAAUCUUUACUUGUCAUCCAUUAAACCAGUGCAACUUUUUCAAAAAUAAUGCUGAUUGGACUGCUCACAA